GGAAAUAGUAGCAUGCCAUGGUCAUUGUCAAUGUGCUAAAUUACUCGAAUAUGCAGUUAUUGGCAAAGUUUGUUCGCUGAUUAUUAGUCAAAAUAAUAAGGACCUUUCUGGGUGUGGAUGCUUGCCCAUUUGGCCUCUGGGUUAUAGACACACCCUGUUGGGAGCUUUUGAUGACUAUCAAAUUCUCUGCAUACUACUUGGCAUUGGUUAUCUAACCCAAUUCAUUAUCUAUCGAUAGAAAUUUUUGUUUUUUUUAUGGAUAUGUCAAGGUUGAGAGUGAUGUGGAGAGACUUGAAGCUGCUGAGAUCUGUAAGUCUGCAUAAUUUUGCGACAUAAACAGAUUGAAACUCGUUAAAAGUCAUGGAAGCAUAGAGAAACGAACUUACAAUGUCGCUUAAUGCAGACAUGUAAGCUGUUACACUUGACGUGACACACGUGAUGAAAAUUAGUACCAAAAAAUAAUUACCAGCGAUCCAAGGAAUGAAAUUUCUAGUUGAAAACAACUCAAAUUUUGUGUUCAACGAAUAAGUUAAAUGAGGUGUGAGGAAGAUCAUCUUAUCUUCAAGUUGCAGGAAAAUCGGUGGCAAUUGUGUAUGAGAUGAAAUCCCAUCAUUUUGGAAGAAACAAGUUUCUCCCGAACAACUAAUGACUUCAAAAACUGAUGAAAGUUCAAGUUACUGAUAUCAGAAAAGGAUAUAAAGAUGGGGUCUUGUGGCGUGUACCUUUCUCAAUUGCGAGCAAUGCUCGUGAGGAAUUUACUGCUCAAGAAACGCGAGAAAAGAAAGACAAUAGUUGAGAUACUUUUACCUCUCUACAUCUUGGGAACCCUCAUCGUUCUAAAGAUCUUGAUUCCGAACCCAAACUAUCCUGCCAUGACAACUCAACAGCAAGAUGGAGACAUUUUCGAGUUCUUCAAUGGCUACAAAAAUAAUACGAUUGCUGUUGUUCCAAACUCCACUGAAACUAUUAGUUUCCUAAGCGCCAUGAAUACUCUUUGGUUAUCGAUGUGGGAAGAUCCUGGUAAGCUGCCUUUAAACUUCAUGGUCUUCGAAACGACAGCUGAUCUCCAAGCUGCCUAUUGGCGUGAUCCACGCAGCGUACCUCUAGCUGUUAUCUUCGAGAAUCCUCAUCCCAUAACUCAAAAUCUCUUGUACGAAAUACGAACAAACCCGUCAUACUCAGCACCACCAUCUCCAAAAGAAUUUUAUUCUUCUCCUGUGACAUGUAGAAAGGACACUAGUCAUUGGAUGGGAGGAGUUUUGUCGAUAGAAACAGGAGGAUCUUGUCCUGUGAACAAUUAUUUUUACUCUGGUUUUAUGGCUCUUCAAAUGAUUAUGGAUACGACAAAAAUUCGACUAGAUAGUGGUAACAAUCAAGUCACAAUUCCAGAUGUCAAACUACAAAUGUUUCCCAAAGAAGCUUAUACAGCCAAUUGGAUGCUUGCGUUCAGAGUCGUGAUACCACUUUAUAUGAUUAUUGCUCUCUCGCAGUUUGUUACGUCUCUCUUGAUACUCAUUGUCGGAGAAAAAGAGAAUAAAAUCAAAGAAGGAAUGAAGAUAAUGGGGCUGAAAGAUUCAGUUUUUUGGAUGUCUUGGUUUAUUAUUUAUGGUGUAUUUGUAUUAUUACUCUCCGCAGUUGCUGUGAUUCUAUUAUUUACACUACAAAUGUUCCAACAUACUCACUUUUUACCCAUUUUCCUGCUUGUCGUCCUUUAUAGUUUUUCCGUUAUUAUGUUUGCUUUCAUGAUUACUCCUUUCUUUGAUAAAUCACGCACUGCUGGAGUAUUGGGUAAUUUUGCAAUUACUAUUUUAAGUUUAAUGUACUUUAUUCAAGUAUUUGUUGAUGACUCCAGUUCCAUAUCAUUCUGGGUCGUAUCUCUAUCAAGUCCGACUUGCGCUGCAUUAGCAAUGGAUAAAGCAUUAGUAUUGGAUCUUCAAGGAGAAGGAGUAAAUUUUGACAAUUUGUGGGCAGGACCAGGUAUACCAUUUGGAGGAAGUUUAAUAAUGCUAACAUUGGAUAUAUUUGUUUACGGCUUGUUAGCUUAUUAUCUUGACUCCAUCAUACCGAGUGAGUAUGGAGUCAAAAGACCUCCAUGGUUUUGUUUUACGCCGGGAUUUUGGUGCAAGAAAAAAGUUCAAAGGAUGCCAUCAUCAAACGGAGAAUCAAAUUCUUUUAUUCCUGAAGAAGAAGCAAAUCGUGAUGUGGAGCCAGUAGUACGGGAAAUGAAAGGUCGAGAAGCAAUCAGAAUAGUGGAUCUAUAUAAAUCUUAUCAGAAGUGUCGAAAGCCAGAGGUUAAAGCUGUGAAUGGAAUUAACUUGACGAUUUAUGAGGGACAAAUCACAGCUAUUCUAGGUCACAAUGGUGCUGGUAAAACAACUGUAUUUAACAUUUUAACUGGAUUGACAACACCAACAGCUGGAACUGCUUUAAUUUUCGGAUAUGAUGUACGAGAUUCCAAUGACAUGCAAAUGAUAAGAAGUAUGACAGGAGUUUGUCCUCAGCAUGAUAUUCUUUUUGAUUUGCUCACUCCUCGUGAACAUUUAGAAUUUUUUGCUGCCGUCAGAGGGAUUUCGCGAUCAAUGAUUGAGAUGGAAGUAAAAAAGACUUUGAAAGACAUUGAUUUAACUGAGAGAGCUGACACGUUUGCAAAAUAUCUAAGUGGUGGCCAAAAAAGGAAACUAUCAGUGGGAAUUGCUAUUAUUGGAGAUCCAAAGAUUAUCAUCUUAGAUGAACCUACAGCAGGAGUUGAUCCUUAUUCAAGACGGCAAAUGUGGUCCUUUCUUCAGUCUAGAAGACAUGGAAAAGUCAUAUUACUUACAACUCAUUUCAUGGAUGAAGCUGAUAUUUUGGCCGACCGUAAGGCAGUUAUCAGUAAAGGCAAACUACGUUGUUGUGGAAGUUCUUUAUUUUUGAAGAAUAAAUUUGGAAUUGGAUAUCAUUUAACUUUAGUACUUGAAGGCAGCAGUAGAGUUCAUGCAAUUACUCGAUUAGUAACGAGUCAUGUUGCCAAAGCAGAAAAAGCUCGUCGACAUGGCAGAGAAUUGAGUUUCAUUUUGCCUCAUAAUUCAGUAGAAAAUUUUGCACCUCUGUUUUAUGCUAUUGAACAAGAAAUUAAAACUCGAAAUGCUCGAUUAGGUAUUAGUAGUUAUGGAGUGUCAAUGACGACUUUGGAAGAAGUAUUUUUACACUUGGAAAAAGACGAAGAAACCGAGUGCACAAUGGACAAUCUUUCGAAAAAGAUGGUGAGAAAUCGUGCACUCAGUAGAUCGUUAUCCCUACAAUCAAAAAGUACGUCUUACCAAAGUCUUCAAAACGAAGGUGCUACGGUCCAAGGUGAUGGACAAGUUAAAAAUUCAAGUGAAUUACCUGACGGUGUUCACAAUGAUAAGAAUCCUGCGAUUCGCGGCCUUGGUUUGGACCCUAUCAAGAUACGGCCUAACUUUUUUCAAACUCUUUAUGCAAUGCUGAGACUACGUGUUCUUAGACUUUUCAGAAAUCUUCAAUUACUUUAUUUUACUAUUGUCGCACCACUUGCGUUCGUUGUUCUUGGAUUAUAUUUGAAUAGUAUUCAGGUUGUCAGCAUAAAAAUGGAUUCAUUAGAACUCAAUAGCAGUACUUAUAAAGAAAAUACGAAAUUUCUCUAUACAAAUUCAUCAGAUUAUGACAUAUCUCCACUGAUAAGUGAAAUUAAACGUGAUGUAAAAGUAUUAGAAGAAUAUGAUGGAAAUUUUACAGACUUGUUAUCAAUUGCUCCUCAUAUGGGUGUUAUUAAUAUAAGAGACUUUAAAAAACAGAAGGUUACGUUAACAUUAACUUACAAUGAUACGAUGCAACAUUCUUUACCUAUUUUCAUGAAUAUAUUAUCAAAUGCUCACUACAGAAUUUUAUCUGGCAAAGAAAAUCCUCCACCGAUCAAAGUGAAAACUCAUCCGUUCCAGCAAACUUCUCAACCGCAAGAAUUUAACAUUGGAAUCGCGAGUUCUGGAUUAUUUAUUGGGAUGGAUUUCGUUCUGGUUCCAAUUAUUCUUGUUGUUGAUAUGGUUUACGAUCGUGAAAUAAAAACAAAAAACCAGCUACGAGUUAAUGGAUUAUCAUUCUUCAUAUAUUUCCUGACGUAUUUCAUUGUCUUGACUGUCUUGAUGAUCAUUAUUUGUCUUUGUAUACUUGGAAUAAUUUUCGCCUUUGAUGUACCAUCAUUAAGAGAGCCUCCAGCAUUGAUAACACUGAGUGGUUUAUUGAUGCUCUAUUGCCCACCAUCGAUUCUAUUUUCCACCUGUCUUAGUUACAUUUUUGACAAGAUGGACUCUGCUCAAAGUUUCUUGCCCAAUAUUGUAACAUUUGUUGGACUUAUUCCAUUUUGUUUAGUAAUGACACUUGACAUGUUAGACGUUGGAGGUGCUGCAGCUUUUGCACUCCAUGUCGUAUUUUCUUUGUUAAACACAAUGUAUUUGCCAUAUGCAGCAGUAUAUUAUGUCGAUCGUGUGCAUCUUAUGUGCUCUAUAAAUGCAGCAUGUCACCAUUUAACAAUGUCUGACUAUUUAACUACAGAGAUACUCGUUAUGGCACUAGGAGUAUUGAUUCACUGUCCACUUUGGCUCUUCGUACUUGUGAUUAUAGACGUUAAAAAAAGUGGCGGAAAAGUCAGUGAUCUCUUCAAAAAAUUCUACCCUCGUAGAGAUGCAAUUAGUGAAGAAAUACUAGAGAAUCCUGACAUUGGGGAGCACGAAGAUGCUGACGUGAAAAAUGAACGUCAAAGAGUCUUUAAUUACGUCAAUUCAUCUUCAGUUCAAGAACCUCCAGUAGUUUUACUUCAGAAUCUGAGAAAAGAAUACAGACAACGAAAGACAGGUUCCUGUAGUUGUUGCUCAAAACGUGAAGAUGAGGUGCCUAAACCACCAAGAAAAGUUUCUGUUAGAAAUUUAUCUCUUGCGGUUGAACCAGGUGAAGUGUUCGGACUUCUAGGCCAUAAUGGAGCAGGCAAGACUACUACAAUGAAGAUAAUAAUUGCUGAAGAAGCAGCAACAAGAGGAAGAGUCCAAAUUGGUGGUCUCAACAUUAACUCUCACACGACAGAAGCUUUUCGGCAAAUGGGUUAUUGCCCUCAACAUGAUGCAUUAUGGAAAAAUAUUACAGUUCGUGAACAUCUUGAGUGUUAUGCAGCUAUUCGCGGUGUUCCUUGGAGUGAUAUCAACAGAAUUGUUGAUCUUUAUUUAUCAGGAUUACAAAUCCACGAACAUGCAGACAAGCAAACUCAAGAAUGCUCAGGGGGUACUAGAAGGAAGCUUAGUUUUGCUAUGGCUAUGGUGGGAGGCCCUAAAGUCGUUUUAAUGGAUGAACCAAGCACAGGAAUGGAUCCUAGAUCUAAGAGAUUCCUUUGGGACACUAUUCUUGCUAGUUUUCAGGGUGGUAGGGGUGCUAUUUUGACCACUCAUUCAAUGGAAGAAGCUGAUGCACUUUGUUCAAGAGUUGGUAUUAUGGUAAAAGGCGAACUUAGAUGCAUCGGUUCAACUCAACACCUGAAGAAUCUUUAUGGUGCAGGAUAUACGUUAGAGAUGAAACUUCUCGGUGGUGAUUGUACUCCAACAGCACCGUCUGGAGAUCGGAAUAGUGCUCUUAAAGAAUUUGUUGCUGGGCUAUUCCCUGACGCAACUAUUGAGGAGAGCUUUGCUGAUAGACUGGUUUUCGCAGUGCCUCAGCAUGCUGUUCAUUCUCUUGCUGAAUGUUUUAUGCAGUUAGAAAAAGCUAAGUUGGAGCUGGAUAUUGAAGAAUAUAGUUUUAGUCAAACAACAUUGGAGCAAGUGUUCUUGAAAUUUUCUCACUAUGAUGAAAUGAACGGUGGCGAAUGACAAUCUAAAGUUUUAAAUUAAGAUAUUAUUAAACAAUAAAAGUGAAGAGUGAUAAAAGUCCAUUCCAUAUAAAAAAAAAAAAAAUAAUGGUAAAGUCCAAGUGAAUGUAAGUAAUAUCUUUGGAUUUGGACCGGUGAAGUUGAACGAAAAGUGGCCUCUACGUGUCUUCAAAGUUAUGAACAGUAAGAAAUGAGAGUUAGGGACCAUGGAGGAAGUGUGUUCUAUAAUUAAUAAAGUAUUCAAUUAUAAAUUCCCGCUGCAUUAGGGUUCUGGAUAUAAGUUUUCAACACCAAAGGGAAACCAAAAUAUAUAUAAUCAUUUGUAGAAGACUCCAGAUGGUGUAUGAACUUUUUUCAGGACACAAUGCAUCACUCAGCCAUAAAACAUUCCAAGUAUAUUUGCUGAUGUGCUCUUCAAAAAUAUUAAAAUUUUUUGAGGACAAAAUAGUCACAAGGUACAUUGUUUAAUAAAGUGACUGAGUGUUCUCCCUCUCCUUUCUUUUUAUAAUAAAUAACAAUAAUCAUAGCUGGUGAUUUCGUAUGUCCUGGUGUACAUGUUGUCUGUGCGAUAUCAAUUAAUAUCAUUCUGUAUAUAACAGAAAAGAUUUGUGCAAUGUUAAUUAAAUCUUGAAAAUUAUGCUCGAAGAUAAUCUUAAAUCUGUGCAAGCUCAUUAACAAUUCAAUUAACUUUUGUCUGAACAAUUAAUGAUACAAUUUUUCUGUAUGUUGUUGACCUCUUGCGACUGCUAAAGAUAAUCAAGAUGGUCAGAAUUUUAAAUGAAAAACAAGUUUUUUAUUGAUAUCUUGUAUAUUAUAUCUUAACAAAACGUAGUAGAAUAUCAAUUGUUUUUUUAUUAAAAUAUUUUUGUUCAUUAGAUUGGGCCCAGAAUUUAAAAACUCUCGGCAUAUACUAAGUAUAUUAUCAUUGAAUGUAAAAUGAAUGAAUCAGAAAAUUUUAUUUCACUUGUACAAAGUAGCACAUAGUAAAAAUAAUAAUAAAAUGCAAUAGUAAACUUUUUAAAUCUCGCUUUAUAUCGGUAAUAAAUCUUCACGUUUGAAGAUGAUAUUGUUUGCAAUAUAUGUAUAUGGCUAUAUACAUAUAUAAUAUUAGAUUAAUGACGAUUUUAUAUCUUAAAAUCGAUUAUUAGAAUUGAAUGAAAAUCAAUUGGACUAAAAGUAUUAAUGCAUCUCGUUUCAUCGUUAAGAUAAAUAAGUAUAGGAAAAAUAAUAAUAAUGAAAUGAAACGUGAUAUCAUGCUCAGAUUAGGAUGCAUCUUUAAAAGCAUUGGAUUGUAAAUAAUUGUCGAAAUGGCAUCCAUUAGAAUUUAGUGAGAGAAAGAAUGUGUGAAUUAAUUAAGAAAAAAAAGUAAAAUGAGGAAAAAAAUUAUCUUCUACGUAAAUGCGAGAAAUAUAUAAAUAUAUAAAAAGUUUUCCUUACAAAAAUUUAAAAAUCGGCGCUCGAAGUCUUGGACAUGAGCGGUGAUAUCGAAACUGGAGGACUGAUUGAAACAUUUUUUGUAGUUCAAAAAAUUUAGGUAGUUCAAUUAAAAAUAAAAAAAAAAUAAAAAUGAAAAUAAAUGCAACAAAAUUUUCACAUAAUGGGAUUAAUGAAAUGUUUUUGUAAAUACAAUGUUGCUAAUAAAAAAAAAACUAAUUCAUAUGUUAUAAAUAAAAAAAAAAAUAUGAAUUACUUGAGUAUUGAAUUAAAAAAAUUAAUUGAAAGAAAAUUUCUUAGACACACCGAAGGGUUGUACGUAUCUGCAUUUGAUAUAGAUAAAAGUGCGUGCACAUGUGAAUGAUGGUCUCUCUCUAGUUGAUAAUUUAAUUAUACAAUUUAGUCAAUUAUAAAUUUAAAAAAGACGAUUAAUUAUGAAAGAAUAAAAAA